GCAACAAGAAAGAGUCACAGCAACCAAAUGAUAGACAUGUAGGACACAGAGCUGUGUGAGAAGUGUGCAUUGUGUGCAGGAUUACAACUGUCAUAUGUGCUCACUCAUCUAUAGUAAGGGCAUUUUCAAAGUGAUCAUCUGCUUUUUGCUGCCUUUUGUUUUCAAUUUUCUUAUCACGCCACUACCCAAGGAUGAGCUCCCCUUUGGGGCUAAACGCGCUCCCACAUGGAAAAAAUGUCUUGGUGUACCGAAAUGGGGAUCCUUUCCACAAUGGUCGCCGGAUGGUGGUCAACGAAAAGCAAUUUGUGACUUUUGAGGCCUUCUUAAAUGAAGUGACUAGAAGUAUCCAAGCCCCAACUGCGGUGCGAACGAUCUAUACACCACGCAAUGGGCACCAGGUGACGCAGCUCGGCGACCUCAUGAAUCGGGGACAGUAUGUCGCUGCAGGAACUGAAAAAUUCCGCAAGCUUGAUUACCUUCACACUGAAGUUAAGCCGCCUGCGAACAUUAAACUCAAAGACAUUCAUCAGAUCUCCCGCAAGCCAAAAGUCACAGGCCGCUGGAGGGAGGAAUCUCACCUUCCCUGUAUCAUUCAUGUUUUUCGUAAUGGUGAUCUUAUGACACCUCCUAUCCGUGUUCUCAUACCGCCAAGUAUUCUGAAAGAAUGGGAGCUGGUUUUAACUCUGCUAACUGAAAAGACCAACCUGUACAAUGGAGCUGUAAGAAGGAUCUGCACGCUGGAUGGAGUCUCUAUUUCUUAUGGAGCUGAGCUGGUAUCUGGUGAAUAUUAUGUUGCAAUGGGAUCAGAGAGGUUUAAAUGCCUCCCCUAUGAGGAACUUCUAACGCCAAACAAAAACCGUGCUGGUGUUAAGCGCAGGAUUCCUAAAGUUGUGACUGGCAAGAACUAUAGCGUAUCUCAUGAUGGAGUUAGUGACUCUGUUCUACAUGGCUAUCCAGUCCAGGAAGAUGAUAGAAGGGUCCAUUCAACAGGUACCGUACCAAAUUCUUCCAAUAUCAAAUACCCAAGCAAAGAGGAAACUGUCUUUCAUGCAAAACCAGUGAGAGUACGUCAAACCCAGAAGGACACACCAAACCAGAAUGAGACUGGGGAUGAAGGAGGGGUAUUUAAAGUAAAGGAAGUACGACAAGAGCUUCAUGGAGCCCAAGAAGUAAAGGAAGAUUUUCAUACACAUGUGGAAGUACCAGUAGACCAGAGAGAAGCAGAGAUUGUGCAGGAAGAAAAUGUUCCUCGAAAGAAGAGAGACCAUCACAAAGAGAAUUGACUCUAAACCUUUGGACAAUGAACAACUCCCCUACUCCUUGAGUCAGAAACAAGACGAUGUCAGUUAAAAAGUCAAAACAUAACAAUUUUAGCUAAAAUUCAUUAAAGCACACGUUGGAAAAGUGGCCUUCUUCAUUCCUAUAUUUGUAUUCCCCCUUCGGUUCUUGACAGUCAGCUGAAACAGUCAAAACAAAAUGAUUUCUUAUUUCAAAAUAUUCAGUUAUAGAAUAUAAUAUUUUAUAUCAUUAUGUUUAGGUGGGCCACUUCUUUUUUUUUUCUCCUGAAAUCUACUGUAACACAUAUGAGACUUUUACCUUUGAUACCAAUUUUUACUUUUACUAAAUAAAAUAAAAAAAACAAAGACAA